AUGUCCUUUUUGUUUAAUAUAGAUAUCGAUGAAUGUAAGGAGAACACAUACGAUUGCCCUAAGUUUUCAAGGUGUAAGAACCGAAAUGGUAGCUAUGAAUGUCCCUGUAAAGACGGUUAUCGAAAAGAAUCUGAUGGAACUUGUUCAGAAAUUUGCUUUCCAGAGUGUGAAGAAAAUUUAUAUUGUCAGAGAGGAAAUUGUCUGUGCAGGAGGGGCUUUCAUCUGGGCCCAGACCUAACGUGUCAAUUAGAUUUACUAAGGUCAUCAGGCGUUUCAUUCCAUUCCCGUGUUUUGUUCCUCAUAACUACGCUGCUGUGGUCCCUGGUCCUGCUGUGGCUCGCUGUCUUCUUUUAA